AUGGUGAAUUUACAGGUGGAACCGGUGAAGAAGCUUGAUCCGAGUGGAAAACUUCUCACACUCAUCGAGGCCGAUCUCAACAAAAAGGAUGGAUGGGAAAAUGCUGUGGCUGGUUGUGAAUAUGUGCUUCAUGUGGCCUCUCCAUUUCCACUUGGUGGCACCCAAGAGACCAUUGACACGGCUAUUGCUGGCACCAAGAACGUUUUUGAGGCUUGCGCCAAGGAAACUUCAGUCAAAAAGGUCGUGCUAACGAGUAGUUUGGUCGCUGUUUCAGAGGGUCAUCGUGCUGAAACGAGACGUUUAACAGAGGAUGACUGGUCGAUUUUAGAGGGAUCGAUAGCCUACGUGAAAUCGAAGACGCUCGCUGAGAAAGCCGCUUGGGAUUUCGUGAAGGAAAAGAAACACAAGAACAAUUUUCCCCUUACCGUAAUCCUCCCCGGUGCCAUCAUGGGACCUCCACUAACCGAUGAUAAAGGAACGAGUGUUGAAUCAGCCGUGCAAAUGAUGACAAUGUCCGGUCUACCUCGAAUUACAUUUGCUUGCAUCGAUGUUCGCGAUUGUGCAACGGCACACGUCGAAGCCAUGAUAAGGCCCGAGUCAGACGGAAUGAGGGUGAUCUGCUGUGAGGCCGAUCCAAUCUACCUGACCGAUAUGGCAAAACGAUUAAGCGAAGAGUUCGUCAGUCAAGGCUAUUCACCAGCAACAAAAACGAUUCCCGAUUGGAUAAUCAAGGUCGGCUCAGUGUUUAGCGGGAAACUCUCGGCGCUUGCCCCAAGACUAGGAAUGGAGACACGAUUUGAUAAUACGAGGUUACGUGAAGUGCUUGGUGUUCAUCCAAAUGAUUCCCGAGAAGCGAUGGUGGAUAUGGCUUACGAACUAAUUGAUCGAGGAAUCAUCAAGAAAACACCGAAAUAUCGAGGAAAGCCAAAGAGUCGGAAUGGGAACACAAAUGAGAUUCAUUCAGUGGUUCAAGCAUCAUGUACAACUUGUGUUCCUUUGGCCACUCUUUUGAGUAGUGGUGUUGAUGGAGUGGCUAAAAAUGGAGUUUCUACUUUUGCGUACGGCACGGAUGGUAAUAGUUGCAAGACUGGCACCCAUACUUGUACAGCACCUGCUCCAAACUCUGCGAUGCAAAGCGUGGCGAUUUUCGCUAAUACGACUUGGGCGGGAAAUAGCUCGUAUGCUGGCUUGGUGAUGCUGGGCUACGCGUGCUCACCGAUCGACAACAACGAUUUCGCCUUGCCAAUUCCCUUCACUUGUAAUGCGAACACGGCCUGGCAGUACAAUUUGCGAUUGAUCAUCGGUCUCUUCUGCCGGGCCAUCUUGAACGAUACACAAAUGUCGUGCCCAAUUGUACCUCCAAAAGAGACUGCU